UAAUUAAGAUUUUACAAGAAGUUAUAUUGCACAAAUUGAUAAGAAAUUCAAUUAAUCAUAUUUGCCAAAAUAAAAUAUUUUUCCUUUUAUCAAUAAACCAGCUGAAGGAACCAACCAACAGUAGGGUGAUAGGAGUAAAAAUAAAUUUUGGAAAUCAGUUUUAUUUUUAACCUCAAACCAUGAAGUACUCCGUCGUAAUCUUUCUCUUGGUGAUUUUAGCCAAAAAUUCUUUGGCCUAUUCGGAAACUGUUACACUUGGUCAGAGACAACCUGGUGAGCAACUUUUGGGAUUUGUCACCAAUUCCACGCAAUAUUCCCCACAACCUGGACAUCAUGAGAUAACAUUAACUUUGGGAGCACCUGCUGGGUCAUUUGUAACUUUUGUUCACAUCAACAUCUAUCCGGACUUCGACAUUGUAUCAUUUCCGGUACAUAUUCCUUACAAUGCAAAUAUAGUUAUUCAAAACUAUGCUACAACACAUUUAAGUGCAAAUGCCUAUUACUACGGAUUUGCAGCAGAAUCACCUGAGGCUCUAGCUAAGGAAGAUUUAAUUGAAGUAGAAACCUACAGUGUGAUUACUAAAAAAUAAAUGAUUUGAUACUACAGAAAGUUUUUCAAUAAAAAUUUCAAUUAAAAGUUGA